AUGACUCAGAUCCAAGUACAAACCAGAGGAAAUUCCGAAAUUCAGCUGAUAGACGAUGAGAAAAUUCUUACAAUCAUGGAUUUAAAGCGCAAGCUUAACGAACACGACCCAUCAUCAGUUCUUCUGACAUUCAAAGGAAAAAUACUGACCGAUUCAACUCCUUUGAGUGCACUAGGAAGGAACAUUGUAUUUACAAUGGAGAAAGACAUAGAGUUUGCACAAAUAGAAUCAAAGACUAAUGAAAAGAGCUUAUAUGAUAGAAAGCUUGGCGAAAAGAAGCUUUACAAAUCAGUAGUAAAUGAUCAAAUAGUGUUUCUCAAGGAAGACGAGAUAUUUUUCAAGGAAGGAAAGCCCUUUUUCAUAACGAAGAAGACAAAAAAGCUGAAGCUUAAAGAUGUUGUUGAUUUUCUCAAGAAGAAUCUGACCAAGGCACAGAUUGUGCAGCUUCUGUUUAUUAUGUUUGUAGUAUUUAGUAAGAAUUACCCACUCCUUGCCAUCAUUCUCACUAUUAAUCUACUUAGAGUAUUCUCCUUUGCACUUUUGAAAAGCAAGGCCUGGAAUGAAUACAAAGGACAUCUUUCAUACUCUGCUUUUAUGUUUUUUGCCUCUCUGCUGGCUAUUGAUCAUGAAAAAUUCAUUAGAAAGACAGUAAAACUCCAACAGUAA